AUACUUUUUUUGGAUUUUCGUUUCCUAUGCUAUCAGCUGUCAAACGUCAACCGCACACAAACAAUGGAAGACACCGAAGUCGAGGAAGUUAAAAAUCUUCAAAUCGAAUUUGAGUGGGUUAUGCGUGAUGAAGUACACGCAAUACUCAAGAAGUUGCGGGAGAUUUUGGUGGAAUGUGCACGACGGUUUCCGGUUCCAUGCUUUCCGGACAAUGAGGGUAAACGCACUGAAAAGUUUGUUUUAAUGGCUGCACAGGAUCAGUUAAAGUGUUCCGUUACGCUCACUGGCGAUAGCAUUACUCAAGCUGAUAUUAGCUAUAAACUAAAACGCACAUCCAGCCAAGUGCAACGUACGUCCAUCACCCCGGAUGCACCAUGGAAACUACAACAAGUGCAAGAUGCAGCAAAUCACUUACAACAGGCUAUUAAUCAUAUUGAUAAUGUUGAUGGCAAUUACGCUUUCAAAUCUCGCGAAGAGGUGCUGCAAAUCAUUGGUGAAUUAAUCGGCGCUUUACAGCGUGGUCGUACUAGUCUGAUUAUACCAAAGAAGAAAGCAAUAGAUGAACUUAUGAAAGGUCGAAAUAUGAAAUCGCUAACACCUAAUCUACCAGAAGAUCAAGCAAUAUCUUUCUUUUUACAAUGCCACAAACUCAUCAUAGCUGUUUAUCAAUUGCUAAAUGUACAGGGUACUAUGAAAAUGGAAGCCACACAAGCUGAAUGCUCAGUCGGAUGGCUAAAUGAGGUGCUUGUAUUAUUUACCGUGGGCUUAACGCUGUGCCAACAGCUGAAGGAUAAAAUAAAUGCAUUUAAAAUGGACGUAUCGAGUUAGUAAAUUGCAUGCUAUCAUCAAAAAAAAAUAUUUUUUUUUGUUGAACGUGAGUUAAUACUAUGUAUAUAAUAUACAUACAUAUAUACAUACUUACUACAUAUGCCAAAGUCAACUUAUACAAUGUGCGGGUAUGUACUAAUAUAUUACUAAGUACAUAUAAAAAAAAAUAUACUAUACAUUUCUAAGUAAUAUCUUACAACAUGCAUGUAAUAAAUAUUGCACUAACGGUGUAGUUACAAAAACAUACAUACAUAUCUACAAAAAAAAGCAAGAAAUGUGCCACUAGCAUUUACUGUGUCGGUAAGAUUGUAUGUUAUACUUAAAUAGGCGUCGUACCAUUAAAGGUAAGAUGGCAAUUCGAAAGUAAAAAAUUCUUUGAUCUCUAUCGGUUAUACUUAAGUCAAAUUAUCGGUUGAAAAGAAAAAGAUAUUAGGAAAAUCAUUAAAAAAAAAUCAGAUCUGAAAAAGUGAAAAUUAUUAUAUUCAUUUUUAUACCAAUAUACAUACAUACAACAUAUGAUUGAAAAAAUAGUAUUUAAAAGCAAAGUAACCACCCAAGGUUGUAACCUUUCUGACCUUUCGAUUAUAAGCAUCUGCUUUAAUUUCUCAUCAAGGCGAAUAUACAUAUGUGUACAAUUAGUAGAACUUCGGUUUUCAGACAUUUUUCAUAUAGAUACAUACAUAUGUAUGUAUGCAUAAAUUAUAUAAAACAGUUGCAUAACAUGAACACCUUACAAAUGAUUUCUCUUUAUGAAAUUAUGAUAUAAUUUACAAAUUUUUAUAAAGGGUUUCGGGAUUUCGAAAAAAAAUUGGUAAAAUAUUUAAUUUUUCUUAGCGGAAGUUUUAAAGCUCAAUAUUAAAUACAUUUAUCAUAAUUUGUAUAAUUGACAAAAACAGUUUUAGUGACUUUUUAAAUAACUCUAAUUAAAUUUUUUUUAAAUAAGUGCUGGUUUGGUGCUUAAGUUUGUUUGUAAAU